UAUUUUAUAAUCACGUUGUUAUCAAAUUGCCAAUUCAGUGCGCCUCAAUUGAUCAACACUGAAUUGAGCUCAGUAGUUCAGUUCAGUCCAUAUUACAGAAUCAAACAGUAUUAUUACCUUCUUAGAUUUACAUUUGCGUCAACAUGAGCAACGAUAAAUACCUGGCGCAUCACACGACGCUACGCACAAAAAGAAAACUUGUUUUGAAAUGGUUGAACGUUAACGAUGCGCUUGAAGCGAAAGUAUUGGACUUUUUACGCGUCAAUUUUCAUCCGAAUGAACCGCUGAAUCGCAGCAUUGAUUUAAUGAGCUUCCCGCAAGAUGUAACCACAUUGGAUGUACUUUAUAAAAACUGUUUUCCGCACGGUGCGUCAGUUGUAGCACUGGAUGAAAAUGGUAAUCUUGUCGGUGUGUUACUGAACGACAUUUUGAAACGCAACGCAGAUGAACACACAGAGACAGAAGGUGAGGAUCCGAAUUGGAAUCCCACGCCAAGAUAUGCAAAGUUUUUGGAUUUGAUCCCGCAAAUCGCAAAGGAUAUGCGCCUGUUUGAAAAGUAUCCAAAAGUAGAUGCUAUUUUAGAUCACGCUAUUUUAUCCGUGGGAGAUGGAUGGCAAGGAGAUGGAAUUAGUCAGAUUCUUGUUGAUUAUGCCAAUAGUGUGAUUGCUAAAAAAUUCAAUUGUGGAUUGUCUUUUGUGAUAUGUUCGAGUUAUUUCAGCGCACGAGUGUUUGAAAAGUGCGGAUAUAAAGAGAUUUGGUCGAAAAAGUUCCGAGAUUAUCAGGAGAAUGGAAAUAUUUUGUUUCCAACUGAAUCACCACAUGAUAAUAUCACCUGUAAAUUAUUAGAAUUAAAUUAAAUAUUCAUAACUUAUGUUAAACUAAAUGUUAUUGUUUUGUUUGUAAUAGAAACAACCUUAAACAAAUUAUAAA